UAAUAUCCUUUCCCCAUCUCAGCCCGCUUCUCCAUCCCCCGUUCGUGAUCCAGCCAUCCCAAGCCAUCUUGGGCCGCUAUCCUUCGCCGUCCUGCCCGCCUCAGCCGUGUCGAGCAGCCUGCAGCAGAGUCUUGCGAGACGGCGCCGGUCAGUCGCAGACAACGGCCACAUUCCCUACGGACGUACAGACGUGCGUUGCACACGAGCGGGCCAGCUGGUUUUGCUUUUUGUCACGCCAGUCCACCGCUCCUUUUCGCCGCCGCCUCACGCUCCCCCCAUCGACCCCCCUCGAUCCCCAUCCCGUCCCCGUCCACGAGGACGAUCCAGUCCAUCAUCGACCGAUCAGUCAAUCCCAUCGUCGCCAUUGAAAACCCGCCUUGCACCCCCAUCACCUCCCCUCCCAUCCGCUCCUGGUCUCUUGCCCCCCCCCCCCGUCCGCUCCUGGUCUCUUGCUCCCGUCGAACCGCGCCCACGGCCCAGCGCAUAUGCAAGUCACCUGUCUUUUCUGAAAUGCCCGAGCGAUGUCGCGAGUAGAUGGCCUCCCAGCAGCAGCAAUCACCGGUUAGAGGAGGCGGCAGUGCCGGCAGUGGUAGCGAGAAUGCGAAUGGGAAAGCUGCUGGCGGCCCUGCCGCUCCGACUACUACCACCUACAAGCGCGCCAGUCGCAAGGGCGCGCCUAGGAGGUUCAUGUGCCGCUGGCCGGGCUGCGACAAGGUCUACUCGAGGGCCGAGCACUUGCAGAGGCACCAGUUAAACCAUGAUCCCAAGACCAUCUACGCCUGCGAUACCGCGGGCUGCAACCAGACCUUUGUCAGGCAUGACUUGCUGGCCCGGCACAAGAAGAGACAUUCUUCGUCCUAUGUUCCGAGGAACCGCGCCAGCAGCUUCAGCGUUUCGGCCAAGGAGACGACGCCGCAGGCUACCCCCCUCACGUCGUCUCCCACCGUCGCGAACCCCGCUAGGCCGCCGCCCCGCCCAGUAGCCCCCUUCUCCCACCGGCCGGCGAGCGCUCCCCGCAACGCGGAUAUCCUGUUGACGUCUGACGAACCCAUCCAGCCUCACCCGUUGCCUCUGCCGCCUCCCAUAGCGCAUACCCAGCCUAGGCCCCUCGCUUCGAGCAUCCCGUGGACGCCUUCGAUGGACGGCGUCAACAUGGUGCGCCCGAAGCCCAACUUCUACAGCCGUGAGCAGCCACCUAUGCAGGGCCAUUCCACCUUUGUGCCGUAUACCGGCGUCCCUGUGUCCGCUGAUGCUAACGAGUUUGAGAUCCGUGAAAAUUUCGGUGUCUGGCUCUUUGAUCCCCAGCAAUCCUACAGAGACUUCAAUUACACCGGCCUUCCCUUUCUUGAGGGUGGUCUCGAGUCUCCCUUUAAUAACAACAUUCAUUAUGACCACGAAUCGCUUGCCAGCCGGUCCCAGCUGGAUCUCACUCCUCCACGACACCCUGAUUCUCCCGACGAGCUCAUCUCCGAGUAUCGCCGUCAAGACGUCAUACGCCGUGUACAGCUAUUCUACCGAAAGCGGAACAGGUUCGACCAGAAGCUCGCCAGCCUCAUGCACGAGACGAGCGACGACAUUCCCGGCUUGAGCCUAGAGUUCCUGCGGGAUUGCCUGCGCCACUACUGGGACUACGUGUCCCCACGCCUACCCAUCGUUCACCAGCCUACCUUUUCUCCCGCUCAAUGCUCCCUCCUUCUCCUCAUGGCCAUGAUUGCCCUGGGCGCCGCCCAGAUCCACAAUCGCGAGACGACGGGGGGCCUGCACGAGUACAAGGCAUUCUCCGAUCUCGUCAUCACGAAUCUCCGCUUCGAAAUUUUGACUGCUGAUGAAGCUUCACCUCCAGUGGAUCUUUGGGUCGCCCAGGCCCUGCUCCUAGUCGAGUUUUACGAAAAGAUGUUCUCGUCGAGGAACCUGCACGAGAGGGCACACGUUUACCAUUCGGUGACACUAACUCUACUUAGACGAGGUAGCCCCCUAAUUGGAGGUGCAGGCGCUGAUUCCCCCUCUGACGAGCAGAACGGCGCCGAGCACCCCGCCACGUCGGACGCGAGAACAUGGUGGGUGAAAUGGGCGCGGACCGAGUCGAUGCACAGAGUCGUCUUCGCCGCAUUCAUGAUGGACGUCAUCCACGCCGCCAUGUUCGGGCACGCGGCCGACAUGGCCCCUCAUGAGAUCCGCCUACCCCUGCCGUGCGACGAGUCGCUGUGGUCUGCGUCGAGUCCCGAGACUGUCCGUCAUCACGACUCCAAUUUCAGAUUGUACGGCGUCAAACCCGUCUCGUUCCUAGACGGGCUGAAGCGCGCCAUUCACGGACAGGAAGUGCAAACCCAUGCUUUUGGUCGCAUGAUCAUCAUGUGUGGUCUCCUCAGCGUCGGCUGGCACCUCAGGCAUCGUGAAACCCACCUAAAGUGGCUGGAGCUGGGAUCUAAUCCGUCGGACACGCGAGACAAGUGGUGUGGUAUGCUGCUCAAGGCGUUUGAUGAUUGGAAGACUAGUUUUGACGGCGCAAUCGGUUCAACCGAUCUUGAAUCGGACGGCACUACGCCACAAGCUCACUCAAAUGGACUUGUCCAGAGCGCGUCUGUUCUGUAUCAUCUUGCUCAUAUUAGCUUAUACAUUGACAUCGUUGACUGCCAGGUCUACUCCGGCGCAAAACGUUUGCUUGGCCGCAAGGUUUCCACGCGGGAUUACGCCAACGUCGUAUCGAGGAUAUCGGUCUGGUCGUCGCAGCCGACGACCCGCCACGCCAUCUUCCACGCUUUCCAGCUCCUCCACCGGAUCCUGGUCGAUACUCGCCAGAACAGAGGGGCGGGGUUCCCAAACAACCCCAUUGAUGCCUACGGCAUACAAUACUCUUGCCGGGGGGACCCCGACCCCCAUCGGCCAUGGAUCAUGUAUUAUGCGACCCUGAGUAUCUGGUCUUUUGUGCGCUCAUUUACGCAACCGAGGGAGGAAUGCAGUACGCUCCGGCCGUUUGCACGACAAAUCCAAGGUAACACGGCGGGGAUUGUUGACUAUCUCAACAAGGUCACGAAGCUUCCCGAGCUCGAGGCUACGACGCCGUCGAAUCUCCAAGACGGAUUGCCCAACCUGCUUGACGUCAUAAGUACUCUCGCGCUCGAGUCUCCUUCCGAGCUUCUCCAGGAGGCCAGCAGUCGCCUCGAGGUCUGCAAACGGAUGCUCUAUGGCGAUGUGGCUUGA